AUGUCAGAGAAGCCUCGUAAGAAGGCAGAUGAUAUUCCAGCAUGGCUUGAUUCUUGUGUUCAUGUUUGGCGCAAUAAGUCUGGUGAUCUCACCGUCGUUAAUUUACGGGAGCCUUCUGAGAGUAUGAAGUUAUCUGCUGGAGGGAUGAAGGUGGCGGCCUCGACAGCGACCCCACCGCCUGUUAAACUUGGCCAAUCGGAUAGUGUCAACGCUCUUCUUGCACGAAUUCAUAGCAAUCAACAAGCCAACGAUUUGGACAGUCCUACUGAAUUGCUGCGGAUGUACCAGAAGCCUUCGCUGUCGACUCCCCUUACGACGGCGGAGGCUCGCAUUAGAGUAUCAACGUCCUCGCAGCAGCAGGAGUCUCACAACCCUGUGUUUCCGGAACCCACCAAUAGCACAGCGAACAACUUUGAAUUUAUCAGUGGAACCAACAUUCCAGGUCGUGGCCUGGUAUCUGACGGAAAGCGUGAGCAUGGCACACAAUGCUUAGCCCUCUUUCACGACCCUCUAUGGGGUGACAGUUCGAAUACGUGGAUGCCGUCCUCCCAAUCACAAGAAAAGGAGAAAAAGGAGCCCAAAACACGAACAUUUUUUGCCACCUCCGAUGAUGCCAAAGGCGCUCAAGGCGCACCGCUCCCCCAGAACACCCCGAUGUACGUGCCUUCGGCAACACCUCCCUUCCCAUCUUCGGGUCCUUCAGGCGUGCAUCCAUUGGUUGGUGGUAUGACGACACUUCCAAUGGGAGCAGCACACACAGCGAUGUCUACCGGGGGCUAUGCCAUGUAUGGGAUCCAGAUUCCUUUCCUACCUACUGUUCAGCCCACAUAUACACCUGCAAACAUUGUGCAACUCAAUCCUUUUCAUUACUAUCAAGUGGGAGGAGCUUCAUCCAUUCCACUCCAUCCGAUGCAGGCAAAAAAGGCGCCACCGCCGCCGCCACCACCACCAGCUACUGUUGUUCCCAUGAACACUUAUAACAAGAUGUUGCCAUCCCGCUCAGGAAUCAAUGUGGAGGCGACGCCUUUUAUCCCUGGAGGCGGUAAGAGACUUUGA